UGACAGUAUACCAAAUGUAGUUGAAGGCCGGUGUUAAUGUAAAAAUGGCGAUUAUCUGAUUAUAGCUUACUGAAAUCAUUGUUUUUGUUUUUUAUUAGUUUCGGGUUUACUGUGAAGCGCAAGUUUAAAACCAAGAAACAAACCACGCUUGGCGCACGUAGCGUUUCAACAGGGAAUAUAAAGCGUCAUUCUGAACAAAGCCGUAAAUGCAACCCAAGAUUGCCUAAAGCUUUUGGUGAUCAGUCGGAGAGGAAUGAUAUUAAACCACGGUUGCGGCACACCAAUGAAACCAGAGGAAUAUUGAAACCAAGACCUGUGUCAGACAGCCUAUUUUACCAGGAUAAAGGCAUAUUCAAACAAUUCGAGUUCGACGACGAUUUCCACCCGAUUGAUAGAAAAGAAAAGGACAUUGAAAUGAAGACUGGAUUAAGUAAAAAACCUGUGAGGAUUCAUUUGUUAAACAACGAUUCUGUUGUGUUAGUAUUUGAGACCAAGUCAACAGUUCGACAAUUAUUUGAACAAGUUUGCACUCUGUUAUCAAUAAAAGAAAAACACUUUUUUGGUCUCUCUACAGUAGUAGACAAUGAAAAAUGGUUUAUGGAUUUGAAGUACAAAAUUUCAAAGUAUGCUCCGAAAGAAUGGGGUAAAGAAAUAAAGAGAAGAGCAAGCGAUCUGGCAGUCAGCUCAGCUGCAGUUCUAACUGUUCAAUUUCAAGUUCAAUUUUAUGUGGAGCACCCUAAAUUGAUCAGUGACCCAAUAUCAAGACAUCUCUACUACCUCCAGCUAAAGAAAAAUGUAGCAAGAUCAAAAGUUUUAACCCAAGAUGAAAUUUUAUUUACUAUUGCAUCCCAUGCAUUACAGACAGACUUGGGAGAUCAUAAUACAGUUCAUCACAAAGGCCAUUAUUUCAGACCAGAAGAUUAUUUCCCUUCUUGGUUUAUUGAAAAGUGGGGUCGUGAAUAUCUUCUUUCCCAUCUCCCAACAUUACAUGCAGAACACAAAGGUCGAAGUUCAUUCGAAUCUCAAGCAUUGUAUAUUCAACAAGCAUCAGGAAUCGAUGACGUCCCUGUACAUUAUUACAAACUAUAUAAGAAUAAAAAAGAAACGAAGUCAAGUGUUUUGCUGGGUAUUUUUCAUCAAGGUAUAAGAAUUCAUUAUGGAAAUCCAGAGAAAAUGCAACAAACUCCAUGGAAACUUGAAUUUGAAUUCAUGUGGAACAAAGUUGGACGACUGUUUUUCACGGGUAAACGAUUUGAAAUCUAUCCCGAAGAUCUUCCUGCUUGCAGAAAAUUGACAUAUUAUACUGGAAGUCACUCACGAUCGAAAUAUCUACUCCAUUUCUUGAGGGAAACUCACUCACUUUAUAUGAGUCUUUCGCCAUACGCUCAACAAAUGAGAAAAGUGGAUGGCAAAAAAAGUGAGUCAGAGGCUGCAAGAAGAUACAGAGAAUCCUAUAUCGCUGGUAAAAACCUCGAAAGCGCCGACACGACAAGUAACGAACAUCAUUCUACAGAUAACGAGGAUGAAAUUAAAUCGAAACAACAAGGAAGAGAAAAAUCCUACUAUCGAUCGAUGACCAGUCAUGGCAGUUCACAUACAUCAGGAAUUGAAAGUGAUUCCAAACAAAGAACAGAAGAGGAAGAUGAUGAAGAUAAUUAUGCUGAUGACUUUGAUCCUAUUGCACAUGAUCAUGCUAGAGAAGAAAUCAUUGAUAUCACUGAAGAUCAUUUAACUGCUCCACCUUCAAAAAGUUUGAGUGUCAAUAACUUGGCGGAUCCGAACUUGACUGAAAUGAAAAUAAAGCCUCUACAUAACAGUGUGUUAGAUGUCAAAAGAACGGGAAGACCGUCCAGAGGCAAUACUUUGACCGGUGAUGAUUUUUGCAUUGUUCCCGAUGUCUCUCUUAUUUGUGAAAACAAUAAUCCAGACUUAAAAACACCUAAACAUCUGUCUGUGAGCUCAGAGAAUCGAGAUGAUACCCUGAAGAACGGAGUUCCAUUGGAUGUUCUCAUCAAUGCAGUACAAAACAACAAAAUAUCAGAUAAACCUAAUGCUGAACGCAGUCACUCAUCCAAACAUGCAGAUAUUACAGAUCACGGUGGUAGGAAACACCGGAAAAAAGUACGAAGUUUCAUCGACACAUCAACACAAACUGCCACGCCGCAAAAAACAGCCGAUGCAAAACUUUAUUAUGAUGAUUUUCAUACUAUACCCAGAAAACCAAGAGUACGAAGUCAUACGGAAGAUCCCAAGUCAUCUGUCCAUUAUAUUAAAGCACAGGAUCCGUAUACGAGCCGACACCAACAUCAUCAGCCAAGGGUGGAAUAUCAUACACACCAUGAGAAAAAAAGUGGAAGAAGACCAUCUUCUGAACAGCCUAUUUCAAAAAGUAAUUCAGAAUCAAUACCGAAUUGGAAAUCUACAGCGCAUACAAUACACCGCACCCAAAGUUCUGAUAACGCGGGCCCAGCGUCGUUUAUCACUGGCGGAAAAGUUAAACAGCGUCAAGGGAAAAGUGUUAACUCUAUUCCAUCAGCUUUAUAUUUAACUGAAUCUGCUAAAAUUCAAAAGCGAAAUUCUGCGUUCGUCCCAGUAUCAAGAUCGACAAGAGAAAGUAACCCUAUCGGGAUGGAAAAGGGAUACUACACUGUAGCUCGUGGCUACGAUAAGUACAUCUACUAUGAUGAUGUAAAUUCUUCUGCUCCAAAUGGUAACGUUACCACUGCCAGUUCAUAUGAUCCUAAGAAUCGUCAUUAUCAUAAAGGAGAAUUACAUCCACAUCAUCAUCCUCACUACCACACUGAGAAACCAAGGCGUACAAAUAAUACCAGAUUCUCAGAUGGCCAUACAUAUUCCUUAGCUGAUCAAGGAAGACUCUCUUCAUUUGAAGAUGACGAUUUCUCACAAAAAAUGAGUGAAGCUUGCAUGCGUACAUUAUCAGCUCAGCGAAGAAAGCUUUCAGACUCACGUUUCACGCACAGAAUGGAUAGUGGACGUGGUAGUCUUCGUACUGAUGACUCCAGCAGUGGUUUGGAUGUCCCAAAUCUAGAGGAAAAUCAUGAAUACUUUGGCUCUCCUCACACACCUGCCAACAAACAGCAACCUCUUCAAUAUGACUUGUUACGGACUCCUUUUGUUGAAAGCUAUAAUGAAGUCAUAGUUUAAUUUGAGAUUUAUUUUCAAAAAACUUUGAACAAUCCAACUCAAUAAUCAUGUUUUUAUCUGCUUCUCAGUUUUUAAUAUUGUAUUUUAUAUUUCAAGUUCAUUUUUUCUUUCAAA